AUGGCUCCUCGCAACGAGGUCGAACGCUCCCACGUCUACCACGAUGCCGUGGCUGAUGCCAACAAGACUGGCGUGCAAGUCGUCGACGUAGUCGCAACCCGCAUUACCGAGGACCACUUGAACGACAAGUCUCGCGAGGCUUUCCCUGGCGGUCCAAGGCUGGUUUCCGCAUGCUAUGGUAUCGACUGGGGUGUCAUCAGCAGUAUCAACUCCAACGACAUGUGGCACGAGUACUACGGAUUCGGCAACUCGGGUCACAUCAUCGGCGUCAUCAACGCUCUCAUGACGAUCGGAGCCACCGUUGGUGCCCCAUUCCUCUCCUUUGCCGACAAGUGGGGUCGCCGCUCCGUCAACUUUGCCGGCUGUGCUCUCACAGUCAUAGCUGCCAUCAUCCAGGCCAUGGCGCCCAACACGGGCGUUCUCAUCUUUGGGCGUUUUGUCCUUGGUUUCGGCACGGCACUUUGCACGUCGAGUCAGUACAUCGCCGAAGUCGCGCCCCCUCACAUGCGUGGUCGCAUUGUCGGCGUCUUUGGUGCCUGCUUCCAGGUCGGUUCCAUGGCCAUCAUCGGCAUCAUGGCCGCCAUAUCCGACUGGCACAGCAACUGGCAGUGGCGAACGGCCUUUUUCAUCCAGGCUCUGUUCCCCGCCUUUGUGUGCUGCACCAUCUUCUUCCUCUGCCCCGAGUCUCCGCGUUACCUCAUGGACGAGUCGAUUGAGACGUCGGCCGUCGGCUUCCGCGCCGUCUGGGACUUCCGCGUCUUCUUCACCAAGGCGCUGGAUCAACACCCAGCAGACGCAGCUCCUCAUCAACCUCGGCAUGGUGGCACGUACUUCGUCUUCACCCUUUUUGGUGCCUACAUUAUCGACAUUUUCCGUCGACGAACCCUGAUCUUCGCCGGCCUCAUCAGCAUCGUCAUCGCCCAGACGUGCGUCACCAUCACGAGCUGGCAAUUUGAGGAGCAGGACCACCCCCGCCACCUCGCGUACCUCGUGCUGUUCUGGAUGUUCAGCUUCCAGGUCUGCAGCGCGUCUUUCAUCGCCACCAUGCACAACUUGUACCCCGUCGAGCUCCUCUCGCUGCCGCUGCGUGCGAAGGGCAUGGGUCUCUACGUUCUCUUCCAGAACUGCGCCAGCACGGUCCACAACUACGGCAUCGCCGUCGGCAUCGACAAGCUCAAGUACAAGAUCUGGGCCGUCUACAUUGUGUACAACACGCUGCAGAUUAUCGCCGCCUACUUCUGGUUCCCCGAGACGUCCAAGCUCAACCUCGAGGAGAUUGACCACAUAUUCGAGACGCCCGGCGCCAACCCCGUCAAGCUGUCGGUCAAGAUUGCCGACGCCAAGCACGCGCAGUACAAGCUCGACAGGCAAGCCGAGCAGCCGGUUGCGUACUCUUCGGGUGUCCAGGUUUAG